AUGAGGAUCCCAAAAAUGAGACUGCGCAGCAGGAGAGCCGCCGAACCAAGAGAGAGGGAAUCAGAGGAACGAGAAGAAGAAGAAGAGGAGGAGGAAGAAAGAGAGAAGGAGAGGGAGAGGGAGAGAGAAGAGCGACCACCACACCACCUUUCUCCCCCGCACAUUUCUCCACACCACAACUACGACCACAUGAAGUCGAAGUUCAUGAAUGAGAUUGGCCACCUACCAAUGCCCACGUGGGCUGUGGUGACCAUUGUGCUGGUGGUCUUCGCCCUGAUCGGCUCCUUCGGGUUCUGCUUCUGGAAGAAGUGUAUGGGAGAGAAGAAAAAAUCCAAGAAGGGAGAGGAAAGGAGGAGGAAAGGAGGAGGAGGACGGCGGAGGAAAGGAGAGCAGCAAGGAGAAGGAGAAGAGGGAGAGAAGAAGGAUGGGGAUAAGAAAGAGGGCGAGGAGGAGAAGGAGAACUUGGGAAAACUGGAGUUUACUCUGGACUACAACUUCACCGAUACCCAGCUAAGUGUCGGAGUCCUCCAAGCCCAGGACCUGCCUGCCAUGGACAUCGGCGGCACGUCAGACCCCUAUGUCAAAGUCUACCUCCUGCCUGACAAGAAGAAGAAGUUUGAGACCAAAGUGCAGCGCAAAAACCUGUGUCCUGUUUUCAACGAGACGUUCGUGUUUAAGAUCCCAUAUGCUGAGCUCGGGGGCAAGACCCUUAUUCUGCAGGUGUUUGAUUUCGACCGUUUCGGGAAGCAUGACGUUAUCGGCCAAAUAGCCAUCCCCAUGAGCAGUGUGGACCUGGCCCAGCCCAUGCACGAGUGGAGAGACCUGGAGAACGGGGAGAAAGAGGAGGCGGAGAAGCUGGGUGAUAUCUGCAUCUCCCUCCGCUACGUCCCCACCGCAGGGAAACUCACAGUGUGCAUCAUGGAGGCCAAGAACCUCAAGAAGAUGGACGUGGGUGGAUUAUCUGAUCCUUUUGUGAAAAUUGUGCUGCAGCACCAAGGCAAACGCUUGAAGAAGAAGAAGACCACCGUGAAGAAGAACACGCUGAACCCUUACUUUAACGAGAGCUUCAGCUUUGAAAUCCCCUUUGCACAAAUACAGAAAGUCCAGGUUAUCAUCACCGUUUACGACUACGACAAGCUGGGCAGCAACGAUCCCAUCGGCAAGAUUUUCAUUGGCUAUGGCGCUACGGGCAUUGGCUUGAAACAUUGGUCAGACAUGCUGGCCAAUCCCAGGCGUCCGAUCGCCCAGUGGCACACCCUGCAGCCGGAGGAGGAGAUUGAUGCUGCGCUCAAGGCCCCGGUCCGCUAGCGCUAGCGGCACGGCUACCUCCAUUUCAGCCCCAAGUAACACUUUAUUAUAAUGUUCACAUGUUGGGGCCUCUACACAUCGGUUCCAACAGCACUGCGGAGCACUUUCGCUUCCGAGAUAAUUCCGACCCCCAAACCCAAUUUCACACAAACAUAGCAUGGAUAAUGGGCGGCUCUGACAAAACAGAACUCGUCUCUAAUCGCUAGGUAAUGACCGCGGACAUCGGCGCCAGUGUGCAGGGUUCUAUUGAAAACAAUGGAAUUUAACUUUUGCGGAGCAAUGCUCUGCACAUUGUCGGAGCCGGUGUGCGGAGGCCCUUAGCCAAUAAUACAUUCCUAACUGUCUGUGGAAAUGACUUACAAGUAUAAGACAAUCAAUCAUUUGUUAGACGUGUAUAAUCACUACCUUCCUAUUAACUGCCAAUAAGGCCUUUGUUGAUGAUAUUUCCGUAGUUAGGACCUAGUAGGCCCUUAAAACAUGUCUUGUAAGUCACUUAUACAGAUGUUAAUUAGGCAUGGAGUAGUGGCUAAAAUGUCAACCCUAUUUCCGAAGUUUACCUGGACCCCAUUCUACCUUACAUUGUUUUGUGAAUUGUGAAGGGGUGAUGGAUCACUCUCUGCUCAUCUGGUUAGAAGGUGCAGGAUUCACUUGAAGUUUUUGUACAAAAAGCUGCACACUUCAGGUCUUUCUUGUGCAAAGCUUUACUUGACUUGCAAGCUUUCAGUCAUUUCCCAGUGAAGUAAAGCUUUGCACAAAAAAGACCUGAUGUGUGCGAUUGUUUUGUGAAUUGAAAUGAAACCCACCCCCACAACCUCAAAAAUCCUGUUACCUAAACUUUCUCCAACUGUAAGUCAUUUCCAAGAAUGUGUUGUGCUCGCAAAAAAAAACCUAAGAAUGUUUUCCCUUUAUUUUCCUGUUUUGUAUAUUUUGCAUGGUUGGCAGUUUCAGUUCUCCUUGUUUUAUAGUGAAUAACUGAGUUAAGGUAGUUGAAUGUUGGACAUGCUUGCAUUCACCAAAUCACCUUUUCAAAAUAAUCAAUUUUUUCAACACUGUUUAAUUUUUUUUUUACAACAUAAAGAAUGCAUGGCCCUAACUGUUUAUGCAAUCAUGAAUCUGUUUGUUUCGUAAUCGUAAUGCUUCGUAACUGGUGAUUAUGCCCAUGGAUAACAUGAGUCUGUGUUUCUUUGUUAGCAAGAAUGCAAACUACAAUCGGAGCUUGCUAAAUAUAUUUAAAAAAAACAAUGCUUCCCUUUAACAGUUUUUUGAAAAUGAUGUAUGUAUGUAUUACACCAUACUCACCCUGAUCCUAUUGUACAUACACAAUAUAUGUAAUAAGCACGAUAUUACAUAUUGUGACAAACGUCAUGGAUGUCAUGAUGUUUUGUGGAUGCUCAGGAACAUAUUUGGCCCUAAAGAAGGUUUUACCAACAACUCUGUUUGAGUGGAUAGACAGUAUUUCGAGAGAUAGUCACUUUAAAAAAAUCUGCCAAUAGUUUUCUGCCCCUAUGUUAGAAAAAUCAAAACAGUGUUUUGA